AUGCCGCCGGGCAGCGUGCCAAAGGGCCCCGUGAACAGCGCGAGGGUGACCAGGGUGCCAAACUCGGCCUCGAAGCGCUCGAGCAGCGGGGCGAUGGCGACGAGGUUGAAGGCCAUGUGGAAGAAGUUGAGGUGCAUGAGCGGGAACAGAUUGAGGCGGUGCACUGGCGGGUCAGCUCUGCCAUGCACAUCCACUGUCUCCAUCCACGGUCUACAUACUCUGCGUGAGGUCCAUCUUAGCCGGCUCGAGCCGCGCAAACUCGCGCAGCCAUGGCAGCGGGAUGGCGGCGAUCCACAGGCCGACGAUGGCGAGCAGCAGCAGCCGCGUGGCCAGCGGCAGGCGCAGGAUGUAGGCGCGCAGGCGCACGGGGUUGAACUGCGUGUACGAAGCCAUGGGAGGUCCUCGAUCCUGGCGCUGCGGCGCGACGCCCGCGUCCUCCAACUCCCGCCGUACCUGUCGGCGCUGUGCAUUGCCGUCGGCAUUGCGUGGCUGCUGGUGCUGCCGCUGAACGACUACUCGCGCAACACGUACGUGUCGGAGAACGCGCUGCUGCCGGGCCAGGUGCACACGUACUUUGCCGGCAGCGAGCACAACGUCUUCCGCGCCUACCGCCAGGAGGUGUGGGCGCUGCGCGACGAGCCCGUGGAAGAACGCUCGCGCAAGCUGGGCGACGUGUUCCGCGCGAACAGCCUCAAGGUCGCCACGCAAAAGUACGCCUACCAUGUAUCGAACCGCACCGUCGCCGGCGAGAACGUCUACGCCAUCCUGCAGGGCCCGCGCGCCGACGCCACCGAGGCGCUCGUGCUGGUCGGUGCCUGGACGAACAUGGCGGGCGACAUCAACACGUCGGGAGUCGCGCUGGUGCUGACGCUGGCCCGCUACUUCAAGCGCUGGAGCCUGUGGAGCAAGGACAUCAUCUUCCUGGUGCCGGGCGACAGCACCACGGGCCCGCAGGCCUGGGUCGACGCCUACCACGACGCCCACGACCCGCGCUUCGUCGAGAGCCUGCCCCUCAAGAGCGGCGCGCUGCAGGCCGCCGUGGCCGUCGACUACCCCGCCGGGCCCUGGGGGCACCGCUACGACAAGCUGCACGUCAUGUACGACGGCCUGAACGGCCAGCUGCCGAACCUGGACCUGUUCAACACGGCCGUGCAGAUUGCGUCAAGCCAGAUGGGCAUCGGCUGCGCGAUCCAGCGCAUGUUCAACCACAACGACUCGUACCGCGAGCGCCUGCAGACGAUGCUGCGGGGGAUGCUGUCGCAGGGGCUGGGGCACGCGACGGGGCCGCACUCGUCGUUCAUCCCGUACCACGUCGACGCCAUCACGUUGAGCACGGUUGGCGAUGGCUGGCACGACGAGAUGACGCUGGGCAAGACGAUCGAGUCGCUGUUCCGCAGCCUGAACAACCUGCUCGAGCAUCUGCACCAGAGCUUCUUCUUCUACCUGCUGAUCCAGGCCAACCGCUUCAUCAGCAUUGGCACCUAUCUGCCGUCGGCCAUGCUGAUCGCCUUCAACUUUAGCAUCACGUCGAUUGCGCUGUGGGUCGCCAGCGGGCGCGCCGCGGUGCCCAAUCCGGCUGCGACCGCGCCGGAGACUGCAAAAGAUGCCAAGGACGACAUCAAGACUGAUACCAAGGACGGAAUCAAAGAUACCAAGGACGACAUAAAAAACGAUACCGAUAACGACACCAAGAACGACUCCGCCGCCACCACACCCGAAAUGCAGCUCGUCGAGCACAACGGCGCCAAAGCCCUCGUCCCCACCGCCCUGACCCACACCACCGAGCGCGCCCUCCUCUCCCCCCUCCUCCUCGUCCUCACCACGCACCUCCUCUCCCUCAUCCCCCUCUACCUCUACAACACCUGGGACGCCCUAAACCUGGGCCGUCUGCACAUCGCCGCCGCCAACAGCACGACCCUGGUGCCUCUCGGCGUGGCCUGGUUCCUAUCCGAGCUGCGCCCGCUGUCGCGCCAGGAAGCCACGCUGAUCCAGUCGCUCUCGCUGCUACUCCUCGGCAUGGCGCUCGCGGCCCUCGCGACGCUGAAUUUCUCGCAGUCGGUGCUGGUCGGCGUGCUGUGCGCGCCGCUGUCGUUCGUGCGCCGCACUGAUAAGAUGUGGCUCACUGUGCUGCAGCUGGGUGUCCUGGGCUUGCUGAAUCCGGUGCUGGUUGUGCAGUGGGGCGCGAGGCUGCUCGGUGCGGAUCUGCACGAGGUGCUGGUGCAGGCUGCGCUGGGCUGGGGGGUGAGUGGGCUGUGGACGCAGGUCACGGUGUGGUUGGUGUGGUUCCCGGCGUGGGUUGUGGGCGCGACGGUUGUGGCGGGGGGUGCGAUGGAGGGCGGGCUGGUGUAG